CCAGUUGCUCAGUAGUUGAACAGUAUUCGUCCGAAGCAGUCGCGAACGUUCAAAACGGUUCUCAUUUCCGUUCGAGGUCGCGUGUUGUUACUCGAAAGAAGAAAAAAAAGUUCAAUAAGAAGAAACCCUGUGUAUCAAUUGAUACACUCACAGAAGACUCUGUAGUACAUAUUGAAACUAGGAAGUGAAGUGAUAUAACCAUUGCGACUUAACAGUCGAUCUAUUGCGCCUGUACAGUUGGAUUUUUUUAUUAUAUUGACGUAUCGACAGAGCCAGUUAGUGAGAAGUGGUUCUAUACGAAGCGAACGAUUCAAGACUCCGCAUCAACCGUGAUCAGAAUCGCAGUUGAGCGUUAAAUUCAUCCCAAUUUAACGAACAGUAGAUCAGUGUACCAGUGCUUCACCGGAACCGCACGCACGUGCACAAGGCGGCACUCUCUUCCAUUCAUAAGCGACCGUCUGUUGUUGGGGCAGAGAAUCUCACUUGACAGGCGGGCACCGUCCCCCGGAAAAGCCGCUAGGAUUCAUCGUUCAACGUAUCACUCUUUCGAACCGGCUCGGAAGCAGCCCUUGAAGGCAGCCCAGGAGCAGCAGCACUAUCCUACACAACCACUGGUUGCCGUUUCUUCUUUCACCAUUCCCGGAAAAAUAGAGAAGAUAGCGGUUCCGUCGUCGGCUGGGUUGCGGAGCGCGUAUCCUGCUGGUGGUCCGUUGCUAACCUCCAAGACGGAAGACCCCAGGCAAACGGGGACAGAGUCUCGUGCCACGGGGAGGGAAAAUCAAGUCCCCCCCGCUAGCCGACGCUGGGUCCCUCCAUCACUGAGGCCGCACCAUGGACUCACCGAAGAGGCCAGAAUUGAUUCGAUUUUUCGAAAAGUACGCGGUAUUCUGAAUAAAUUAACCCCAGAGAAAUUCCAAAAGCUUAGUGAUGACCUGUUGAAGCUCGAUCUGAACUCAUCUAAGAUUCUGAAUGGUGUUAUUUUGUUAAUAUUCGAUAAAGCUUUAGAUGAACCCAAGUACUCGUCUAUGUAUGCACAGUUGUGCAAAAGAAUCGAAAAGGAACUAGAAGUCGAUAUCGACAAAAGCAAAUCCAAUACCUUUCUGCAGAUUCUGUUAAACGUUUGUCGCGAUAAGUUUGAAAACCGUGUCCAGUAUAGUGAGAAGAUCAUCAACUCAGAACUUGCUCUUACCGAUGAUUUGGAGGAAAAGAAAAAUGUGGCCAAACAGAAGAUACUGGGUAAUGUUAAGUUCAUCGGUGAACUGUAUAAGCUCGACAUGCUCGGCGAGCCACAUCUGCACAAGAUGUUACGCUCGCUCUUUACCAACAAGUCGGGCGCGACGACGGAGAAAAACUGCGAAGAUAUGGAAUGCCUGGCACAGCUCAUCAAGACGUGCGGAAAGAAUCUGGAUACAGAGCUGGGAAAACAGCUGAUGGAUCAGUACUUCGACCGGAUGGAACAGUAUUCCCUGUCGAGCAAAUUUCCACCGCGUAUCCGGUUUCUGCUGCGCGACCUGAUCGAGCUGCGCAAAAACAACUGGACACCGAGAAAGGUGGCACGUGUGGAAGGACCGGCUCCAAUUCAGGAGCUCACAAACGAGGAUGACCUGGUGUUGCGACCGUCGUUCGGCAUGCGCGGUCGCGACUAUCGCAACCAGGAGCGCGGAGACCAGCGGGAUUGGAUUAGCAAGUUCUCGUUGAAUCCACUGAAUUUCAACGACAGCUUCAACCUGCUGAGCGCCUCUAGCCCGUCGUCAUUGAUACCACCAACGUAUUCAUCUUCACAGAACGGUUACAGCAACCGGGAUCACCGUGACAAUGGUAACGGAGGUGGUGGUGGCGGAGGUAAUUAUCGCAUGCACAAUAACCGCGGUGGCGGUCAGAAUCAACACGGCAACUAUCAUGGCAACGGUGGCAACAACAACAUGCGCUACAACAAGCACAACAGCCAUCACGGCGGCCGGGAUGGUAGAGAUGGCGGUGGCCAGAACCACCACCACCAGAACAGUGGUGGACCCAAUUCGCACAAUUCGUCCUACCAGAACAACCGGGAUGGUAUAAUGAACAGCAACAAGGACCUAGCGCCACGGUUCAAGCGCAAUCUGAUGACUCCCCAGAAUCCGGUGGAGGAUUUGCAGAUGCGGCCAACGUCAAACACUCUGCUAUUCAAGACGCAGAACAUGAACCUUAAGACGCAGCUGCCGAUUUCGCAGACGCCGUCCUUACAAUCAAGCAAGUCUGCAUACGGUUCAUCGCAGCUGGGUGAUUUCCCGUCACCAUUGACCACUCGUACACUUCUGAGCGAGCAACGAGCAGCCGCUACUGGCAAUAGUGCUUUUGGGGCAAACGCCGGCAGCAACAGCGGCAUGUCAUACAAUCAACCUUCAUUGCCAACAGGCAAUAGCUAUGGAACAAAUUCCCUAGGCGGUUCAAACGUAGGAGUUACUAACAAUGUUGGUAGUCUUGGUAGUUCAAUCUCGGCUAGUCAGCAAAUUGCUCCUAGAAAUUUAAGCCCUGGAAUGUCCAAUCAUCAGAGUGCGAUGAGUCGCGGCAACACAAACAAUCAUCAAUCUCAAUCUAGCAAUCCACUGACAUCCGGUGGUAUUGCUGUCUCUACUACCACACCUAUAAAUAAUAUCCUUCAAAAGGAUCAGGUCAUUAUCAAACAAGCCUCAUCUGAGAAAGCUGAGAAAAAGGGCAAAAAAGAUAAGGGUCCAAACAAGGAAGAGUUUAUGAAGAAGGUUACAGCAUUUGCCGCCGAAGUGUUGCUGGACAACCUGAAGCGGCAAAUCGAUGAGGAACGGCAACAGCAAAGCCAGGAUAAUAAGCCGAUAGAAAAUGGUGGAGCUGUUCAAGCGGUGCUUGUUGAGGUUGUUGAUAAAACUCUAAACCCGGAUACCGUAAACGAGGCUGAUCUCAAAGAGAAGUCAGAAGAUGACAAAUCUUCCGAGAAAGUCGACAUCGGCUCAGAGACAAUGAAAUCCGAAGAUGCAGAUAAACAGACGACGACAACGCCGACCGAGUCUCUCAUGGAAACGUUGGUACGCGAAUUUGGUGAACUAAAAGUGCCGGAAAAGUUCAUGCGUGACUCGAUCAGCAAGAUUGUGAACGAAGUGCUUGACAAAUCGGACCCAUUCCACGAAAAAAUCAUUGAGUUUUUGCAGCGAUUGCGCAAACAGAACAAACUUUCCAACGGAGCUAUGCUAGAAUCGUUCAAAUCGUUAGUUAACUCAAUGAAUGAAAAAGAGAAAACCAUCCCGAAAAUUACCACCAUUGUAGCAUCGCUGCUAUCGCGGGCCGUUAACGCGAAGCUGUGCAAACUUUCUGACAUUUCUAACUACACAGACAAUGGUCAGCACUAUCCGUUGUUUUUGCUGGUGCUACAGCAGCUCCACAAGCAGCUAGGCAAGCAAAAAUUGCAUGAAAUGUUCACUCAAAGCAAGGUUAACUUGAUGAGCAGUCUUCCGGAGAGUGACCGCACCAAAGACCGGAUGGCUGAAAUCCUAGAAGAUCGCAACUUGAGUUUCCUGUAUCCACUGCUACGGGUACAGGCGGAACUGUGGAAGCAAAUUCAGGCCGAUGCUAACCCGCAGCAAUUCUACAAAUGGAUCAAGGAGAACGUUGAAACCACCUGUUACACGGAUCCGGGUUUCAUUACCGCGGUCAUGACGGUUCUUCUGAAGUAUAUUACGCAGGAAUCAUCCAAAUGUGCGGAUGAGAAACAAUCGGUCGAAAAGGAGAAAGAGAUCCUAAAGAAGUACUGCCCGGUGUUGAACGCAUUCCUACACGGAAACAACGACCUGCAGCUAAUAGCAAUUUAUGCCAUGCAGGUGUAUUGGUACAGCAUCGAUUUCCCGAAAGGUAUCCUGCUACGUUGGUUCCGCGAGUUCUACGAACUGAGUGUCAUCGAGGAGGAUGCCUUCUUGCGCUACAAGGAAGACGUCACCGAUAUGUAUCCAGGCAAGGGUAAGGCCUUGUUCCAGGUGAAUCAGUGGCUCACAUGGCUAGCGGAGGCCGAAGAUGAGGACGAGGAGGAUGAUGAGUAAGAGCGCGAUAUAACGUCCUGGUAGAAUUAGCGGUUAUAACGAUUUUAAAAAUUUAGUAGCAAGUGGCUUAUUUUUUAUUUUGUUGUGAACUGAAAUUGUUUUGUUUUAUUUACUUUUGGAUACAUUUUUUUGCCAUGGACAAAGAUUAAUCAAAAUGUUUUGUAUACAAAUUGAAGCAGUUGUUAUUUGUACAUUGGUCCGGUAUCUUUUUUUUUUCUCGAGUGACAAAGAAACAGUCUCUAGUGCAUCAUAUUUUAAAUUUGGUUUGAGAAGGUUGUGUAACAGGAUCCACCAUACAUACACUCUACAGAUUCAGAAACACGGAAAGCUACACAAUUAACGAUAGCAGCAGUCUUAAUAAUAGAACAAUAUAAACAGUCGAACUCAACCUAUAAUCAAAUAGAGCUAUAAUUGCAAACAUAAUAGUGUUAUCAGACUGUCACUAAAGAUGUGACGUUAUGAAAAAUAAAAAUAAAAUAAAAUAAAUAGAACAAUUUGUAUUUGCAAACUGCGCAAAAAUUAAGUAGUAGAAUCAAUUUAGUUUUUCUGCUGUGAUUGAGAUCAGUGUAUAAAACUGGGACAUACAGUAAAUGAAUGACAGUGCAAUUGAAGCUCUUCAAAACAGGAAUUUGUAAGAGAUAAGUGUGAUCGGAUGCGUUUAAAAUGUGCUUGUUUUAAUAAAUAGAACUGGUAACUAUUUUUUUGAGUGUUCGUGUUUGUAGCAGUAGUAGUAAGCCAUUAUCGUUUAACUUCUGUACAUGCUGCAAAACAUGCACAGGAAAUACAUUACAACUAAUGUGGUAGUAAAACAGUAUCAAGUUAGAAUUUGAUUAUUUGUCCUGCACCGUUGAAUAUUACUCGUUCACACUAGUACCCACAAUGACACACACAGAAACACGCGUAUAAAAGCGUCGAGAGGAAUAGGAAGUAACAUAAAUUAAAAAGCAGCUAAUCUAUCAUCGCCAAUCUAAUUGCAACUGAGCAACACACCAGUGCUUGUGUGCCUACUCUAAAAUUCCUCAAGAAAGUAAAAAAAAAACUGGAGAGUAACCAUCAACACGUCACAGUCAUACAAAACAAUCGCAAAACGUGCGUCUUAUAUGCAAUUAUACAAGUCUUCUUUGCAAGUGAAAGGUGCGGAUCUCCUACACUGACCGAAGCUCGUUCAGUCAUUUAAGAGUUGAUUGCCAAAAGAAGACUGAAAAGCAAACAGAUGAAAUUACGUUCAUAAAGGGAAAUCGAUUAAAUUGAGACAGUGUAGCUCGUAGAUAGAUUAAAAUAUGAUUAUGUAUCUAGCAAAUUAAAUAAACGGAAUAAGUUUGACAACUUUCCAACCUACAAAGCGGCAUUUCCAAAGCAGCAUCAAACUCGAGCAAGCUUUCAUCAUGGAGGUUCAAACAAAAUCAUAAAAGAAACGUGAGUGUUAGUAUUAUCGUAACAGAAAACUUAUAGUUCACUGUUAACAUUAGUAGGAAUGCGCACGUUGACAAAAACCAUUCUGUUAGGAUCAGAAACCACUUCCCUGCGUGUAUGUACUAAUUUAUUCAAACUCGAUCAAACCAGAAUUUCAUCCGAUUUCAACAUUCUACGGGAAAGACGAAUCACAAAUUAUUGUGAUUUCAUGCAACACAAGCUUGUUCACAUAUUAUCAAAAAAGAACUUUUGGCGCAUUCAGUCGCAUAACGACAGAGGUAAUGUAACUUAGCAUCAUCGAUCUCUACCAAAA